AUGCUUAAUAGAUCAAUCCUUAAGAAGGGGUUAUUUUCAUACCGCUCAUACCAUCCUUCAUUGAAGGAAUACGUUAAACCAGCCACUCUGAGUCCCUUGACGUAUAAUAAGGAAUCUGUACAAUACAAGAUUCUCUCGAACGCUCUCACGAAGUGGGUACCCAAACAUGGAUUUAAAGAAAAAGCUAUUACUGAUUCAUUAAAUGAAUUAGGUUUUUCUUCCUCCUUGCUGUCAGUAAUUGGUGCCUCUAAUUCUCCUGCAAUCUUCCGUUCCAUUUCACCUGCUGUCAUGGAGCUAAUUAAGUUUCAAUUGGUUUCCAAGAGGUAUGAACUAACAGAAAAUCUCUGUCCAGAUACCACACCAAAGAAUGAGUUACCUUCAUUAGAAAGUUUAUUGCUGAAAAGAUUAGAAAUGGACAAAGCCAUUGGUAAACAAAUACCACACCUAUUUGCUGAGUUAGCCACACCAAGUUCUUUCUUAUUUGAUGUCGCAUUACCUGAAUUACAUAGAUUAUCUGACGAUAUGAUAUAUUUCUCGAAUGAAAAGGAUCAUCAUGAUAUGGCAUGGUAUACGAAGAGACUAGGGGUAAGUUGUGCAUAUGUUAGUAGUAAAUUAUACAUGGCCCAAGAUAAUUCAAGAGAUUUUGAAGACACAUUAUCAUUUGCCAAAGAUAAAUUACAUCGUAUUAUGAAACUAGGUGAAUAUUAUAACAAUACUGAAGAAUACGCUUGGUAUAUGUUCAUGGUUUCAACUAAUUUGGUAAGAGCAAGAUUGGCCAGAAGUUAA